AUGUUGCUGUUUCAACCCUCGAGAAGACGAUCUGUGCUACCAAGCAACAAUGGAUCAAUACUGAGCCACCUGCGCAGAGGCCUAUCUGGUUUUCGAGUUGUCGAUCAUGUCAUACCCGCCCAACAUACUCGGCAUUGGCCAAGGGGCACGGAAGUGGGCUGUGAGAAUAGCUUGAGGCUAGCUGUAAAGCAGUAUAUACCCAAGACCAACACUGAACCGCGGUCUGGAGACAUCACCUUUAUUGCCGCCCACGGCAAUGGCUUUCCCAAGGAGAUGUACGAACCCUUGUUUGAUGACCUCGAGGAGAAGAUGCACGGUCUUGGGCGGAGGAUCCGUGCCAUCUGGAUCGCCGACAUGGCUCAUCAAGGUCAAAGUUUCGUUCUCAAUGAAGCUGUCGUGGGAAAUGACCCAAGUUGGUGGGACCAUGCUAGGGAUCUCCUCUACCUGAUCAACCAGAAGCAAAGUGACAUGCCUCAGCCUCUUGUGGGCAUCGGCCACAGUAUGGGUGGAACACAACUGACGCAACUUUCACUCCUUCAUCCUCGAUUGCUGCAGGCUCUUAUCCUGAUUGAUCCAGUCAUUCAAAUCGAGAACCCCAGCAGGACGUACGCCCCAGCCGCAACGUACCGGCGUGACCUUUGGCCAUCAAGGCAAGACGCUACCAAACGUUUUGCUGGCAAUAAGUUCUAUCAAGCCUGGGAUCCGCGAGUGCUUAGAAAGUGGAUCGAGUAUGGUCUGAGAGACUUACCGACAGCACUCUAUCCCGAAAGAGGGAGCAACGCAGACCCGCCGGUCACAUUGAGUACUCCAAAGGCGCAAGAAGUGUUUUCAUACCUGAGGCCGAAAUACUAUGGAACCUCGGUUAAUCCGCCUGAAAAGGGUCGGACCGUAUACGGGGACAUACAUAAGGACGAUGUUGAAGACUAUCCAUUCUAUCGACCGGAGCCGGCACAAAUGUUUCGGAGACUUCCUGAGUUGAAGCCGCCGGUCUUGUAUAUAUUUGGGAACAAGUCUGAACUUGCAACACCGGAGCUAAGACGAAAAAAGAUGGAAUUUACGGGUAGUGGAGUUGGAGGUAAUGGUGGACAACAGGCAGGACAAGUGAAAGAGAUUGUCCUUGACUGUGGUCACCUGGUACCCAUGGAAAAGGUGAAGGAGUGUGCAGAUGCUGCGGCCGGGUUUACUGUGUCGCAGAUAGCUCGUUGGGAAGAGAAGACUCGAGAGUGGCAACGGCGCUGGUUAGAAAGACCUCGACAAGAGAGAGUCGGGAUAGAUGAUGAGUGGAGGGACAAGAUUGGACCUAGACAGCCCAGACGGUAG